CAGAACCCGCCCCAACCCUGGUCUGCAGGGAAGGCCCUGCUGUGCUAUGGCAGGGAUGAGCAGACCUUUGGCCUCUGACCUUGCAGUGAUGUCACAGCAGCUCCAUGGCAACAGUGCACCCAGCACCUCCUGACCACUCCCCGUGUUACAGCAGGCGGUGGGAUUGCCAGUCAUGCACCGGGGCUGAGGCUGGGCUGGAGGAUGGAGAAGGACUCGGGAGCCACACACAGGAGACCCCGGCCUGGCCCUGGGGCCCUGCCCUUGGGAGUGGCCCUUGGGCACCUCAAGUCAGCCAGCGAGGCCACUGAACCUCAGCGGAGCAGGAGUCUGGGGGUCCUGCAGCCGAAGGGGGACUCUCCCAGCCGCCCUGGGAAGCCGCACAAGGAGCCGGAGUCUGAAGAUCAGGGGAAGGGCCCAAGCAGUAACGCAGAAGAUGCCAGCUGUUGGGCAGACCUAGCACAAGACAAGAAGGAAAGCCCCUUCGGCGCCCUGGGGAAGCUGGGUCAUGAGAGUGGAAAGCGGGACCCGGAGACGGAGAAGAGCGGCUCGGAGGCCAGCACGCAGGAGGCGCAGGAAGGCACGCACGCGGAUGGAGGCUGGCAGGAGGCCAAGGAACAGGAGGCAGAGUCCAUAAAGCUAAAUGACCUCCAGGAAAAAGAGAAACCGUCUGUGUUUGUGGAGAUUGAUCUGGGAGACCAUGCUGAGGAGGUGGUCACCGAUGCCAAGAAAGAAGAGAAGCCAUCCCGGAUGGAUGUGGGAGAUCCGUCAGAAGGCGAGACACAGACCAGCUGGGUGUGCUGCAUCCCGUACUCCACCAGGAAGAGGGCGAAGGAGAGCACCUAGCGCCCAGGAGAAGGUGCUCAGAUCUUGGUGAAGAGGAGGGAGGCGGGGUGUGGAUGGGCUCGGGGGGCAGCAGGUGGGACAGAGGGUGACUGGGCUGCCCGCUUGCCACCCAAGAGCCUUCUCCACCAGGCACCGAGGUUCCUGUUUUCUUCUCGUGGGACUGGCCCUGCCUGGGAGGAGUGAGCGCACAGACAGUGCCUUUGGGUUAACGUUCACACCAGCCCUGAGCAACACCAGGUGCCGAUGACCACGCCAGGUGUGAGCCAUGCCUGAAACCCACUGCCCAUUGCGAGAAUGAUGAUGUGAUCUUAAAAAACAAUAAAUUAGCAGGGGAAGAUGUGUCUCUUCCACUCCACCAGCUUGAGGGUUUCUGGCCCCUUCCUGCUCUGGCCUCUUGCUCUGUGGCUUGCUGGGUGUGGGCAGAGGCCCCUCAAACACAGGGAGGCUCAGCCCUUUGUGGGCCUCGUGUGAGCUGCAGCUCCGGGAAGCACCCCACCAGUCGGGGGGCGGGAGGUGCACAGCGCAGAGCAGCUGGGUGUGCUGCAUCCCGUACUCCACCAGGAGGGCAGGACAGAGCAUCUGCUGUGUCGCUAGCGUCCCUGCAGGAGCCAGGAGCACAGUGGAUGCGGCCUCGGCCAUGACCGCAAGGGCAACAGAGACCACCGUGCUGGCACUAGGAUCUGUCCCUGGAGGGAGCCACAUGCUCCCAACUCACAGGAGAGGGAGUCCUUCUGGGGGUGUGGGGACUACAGGACAUGCUUGUAAGACAAGUUUCACCAGAGCCCACCCAGGCUCGCUCGCUCAGACACGCAUGCAUGCAUAGUCAUAUGUACACAGCACACACGUACACACAUGCAUAGUCCUAUGUACACAGCACACACACAUGCACACACAUGGAUGUUCAUAUGUACGCAGCACACACACACAUGCAUAUUCAUGUGUACACAGCACACAUGCACACACAUGCAUAGUCAUAUGUACACAGCACACAUUCACACAGCCGUAUACACAGCACACAUAUGGAUAUUCAUAUGUACACAGCACAUGCACACACAUGCAUAGUCAUAGGUACACAGCACACGCACAUGCAUAGUCAUGUACACAGCAUACAUAUGUGCACACACCUAGUCAUGUACACAGCACACAUGCACACACAUGUACAGUCAUAUUUACACAGCACACACUUGCACAGUCAUGUACACAU